AUGGCCCACAGCUUGGACAUGCCUCCUACAAACUCAUUUGAUUCUAAGCGGGACCACUCGGUGGAGAAGCAAGAUGGCUCUGAGAAAAGUGCCUCUAGUGAUGAUGAACCCAAAUACAACUACCCUACGGGGCUUCCACUCACCCUUAUCCUUACAUCGGUUACCCUGUCCUAUUUCCUAUUCUUCCUUGACCUUGCCGUCAUAUCCACGGCCACCCCAGCCAUUACCUCCCAGUUCGACUCGCUGAUAGACGUCGGUUGGUAUGGCGGUGCCUACCAACUUGGAAGUGCAGCGUUCCAACCUUUGAGCGGCAAAAUCUACAGCCAGUUCUCUAUAAAGUGGAGCUUCCUUGUCUUCUUUUUUAUCUUCGAGGUUGGUUCUGCUAUUUGCGGAGCGGCCCAGUCGUCGCCCAUGUUCAUCAUAGGCCGUGUGAUCGCCGGCGCAGGGUCUGCUGGAGUCGCCAACGGUGCUGUGACUACAAUUUCCGCAGUCCUCCCAACGAAGAAACAGGCGCUUUUCAUGGGGCUCAAUAUGGGCAUGGGGCAGCUGGGCCUUGCGACAGGGCCCAUAAUCGGAGGGGCUUUUACCACGAAAGUCUCCUGGCGGUGGUGCUUUUACAUCAAUCUACCUCUAGGCGUUAUUGUCGGCGGGUUCCUUCUCUUCAACACUAUCCCCGAAAAGAAACCCAAGACUCCACCCCUAGAGAUUCUCGGCACCGCUAUCAAAUCUCUGGAUCUUGUAGGAUUCAUGCUCAUUUGCCCUGCAGUCGUCAUGUUCCUCCUAGGGCUCCAGUUUGGCGGAAAUCAACACCCCUGGGACAGUUCAGCUGUGAUCGGUUUGUUGGUUGGCUCCGCCGUUGUCUUUAGCCUCUUUCUAGCUUGGGAGUAUCGCCAGGGAGACGAGGCCAUGGUGCCGUUUGCUAUGCUCAAACACCGAGUCAUCUGGUCAGCUGCAAUGACGAUGUUUUUCAGCCUGUCUAGUGUUCUCGUGGCUGAUUUCUACAUUGCAAUUUACUUCCAAUCGAUACUUAACGACUCACCUUUGAUGAGCGGCGUGCACAUGCUGCCAAUCACGCUUGGCUUGGUCAUAUUUACUAUAGUCUCGGGAGUUCUGAUCUCCCUUUUGGGUUACUAUCUUCCAUUCCUUCUUGCAGGAGGUGCGAUAUCAGCUAUUGGUUACGGACUCCUGUCGACACUAAGUUCUACAACCUCGGCACCACGUUGGAUCGGAUACCAGAUUCUCUACGGUGUCGCAAGUGGUUGCACGGGCGCAGCUCCUUACAUCGCUAUACAAAACCUCGUGCCUUCCGAGCAGAUCCCUCUCGCCAUGGCUAUUAUUAUAUUUUGGCAAAACAUAGGAGCUUCAACCUCGCUGAUCGCCGCAAACGCCAUUUUCAGCAACACCCUUCGUCACGAGCUUCAGAAGCGUGCUACACAAAUUGGUCACACUCCCGAAGCCAUCGUCGCUGCAGGAGUCCGCUCUAUCCGUGACCUCGUAUCGGGACCUCAGCUAACUGCUGUGCUCGCAGCCUACGCUAACAGCAUCGACAGCGUGAUGUACCUUGGUAUCGCUGUCAGUGUCGCCAUCUUGGUAUUCUCUCCCGGACUUGGAUGGAAAGAUAUUCGCAAGGUCAAGGAUCUUCAGGCCAUCACCAGCUAUUCCCCCAACGGCGGUGACAAAUCGGCAAGAGACGAAGUAGUGACGGGUGGCGAGUAG